AACUUUCUUUCAGUUGAACCCUUCAACCUGAACCACCCGACCUACCUACAUCAAGCGCCUUCCCCUUUCUCGACAAGGCUUUGCUGCGUGAUCCUCGACUUCACCUUCACCUCAGAAAUAUCCUACAUUUAUCGUUGUCGUCGCUGUGACUUAGUCCCUCGCUGCGCAGUGCAAGAGGUGACACCAUGACCAGUCGCACCGAUUCCAACAGGCCUAACCUUCGGGUUACCAUUAUCGCAGCCGACGGCCUAUAUAAGAGGGAUGUUUUCCGCUUCCCCGACCCUUUUGCUGUUGCGACCAUAAAUGGCGAGCAAACCAAAACAACGACCGUCAGCAAAAGAACUCUAAACCCGUACUGGAACGAGAGCUUUGACUUCCGCACCAAUGAAGAUGGCAUCCUUGCAGUACAGGUUUUUGAUCAAAAGAAGUUCAAAAAGAAGGACCAGGGAUUCUUGGGAGUUAUCAACAUUCGCGUUGGAGAUGUCAUACCUGAGCUCAGUGCAGACGCCGAUGACCAGAUGCUCACACGAGACCUGAAGAAAUCAACCGAUAACCUAGUCGUCCACGGAAAGCUUAUUAUUAACCUCUCUUGCAACCUCAGUGCACCAGCCCGCGGCGGCCAGACAUCAACAGCUCGACCAUCUUUGGGGACCGGCCCUUCGAACGCAUCCAACCUCUCCGCCCCACCACCAGAGAACCGACCGGGAUCUUCAAUGUCAGGACCAAACGGCGCUGGUGGUUCGCAGGUCAAUUUGGCACAUCGCCCGUCCAGCAUUAACUCUGUUGGCGGUGCUAGCGCCACCGGACCAAACGCAUCUGGACCGACUCGCCAAGCUAAUCAGCUCAGCCCAUUCGAAGAUGCUCAAGGACGUCUACCUGCCGGCUGGGAACGUCGCGAGGACAACCUUGGUCGCACCUAUUAUGUCGAUCACAACACCCGAACAACGAGCUGGAAUCGACCCACUGCAACUGGCGCCCAGGAACAGCGGAACGACAGAGAGGCAGCUACCCAGGUCGAGCGACAGAGACAUCAGAACCGUACUUUGCCCGAGGAGCGAACUGGUUCCAACUCGCCAACGAUGCACGCGCAGCAGCCGCAACCAGCGGCAUCACCAGCAACUAACGGCGGUGCGGUGAUGCACACUGGAGCAACAAGCCCCGGCACAGGAGAACUGCCUCCAGGGUGGGAGCAGCGAUGGACACCCGAAGGCCGACCCUACUUUGUUGACCAUAACACGAGAACAACCACCUGGGUUGACCCACGUCGCCAGCAGUACAUCCGUAUGUAUGGCGGCCAGAACAAUGCCAAUGGCCAAAUUCAGCAGCAGCCUGUGUCACAGCUUGGUCCUCUACCUAGUGGUUGGGAAAUGCGACUGACCAACACUGCUCGCGUCUACUUUGUUGAUCACAAUACCAAGACCACCACAUGGGACGAUCCUCGACUACCCUCAUCCCUGGAUCAGAACGUUCCUCAGUACAAGCGAGACUUCAGGCGAAAGCUCAUCUACUUCCGCUCACAGCCAGCAAUGCGAAUCCUUAGUGGUCAGUGUCAUAUCAAGGUUCGACGUUCUCACAUUUUCGAGGACUCGUUCGCCGAGAUUACACGCCAGUCAGCAACAGACUUGAAGAAACGACUGAUGAUUAAGUUUGAUGGUGAAGACGGUCUGGAUUAUGGUGGUCUCUCUCGAGAAUUCUUCUUCCUCCUUUCACACGAAAUGUUCAACCCCUUUUACUGCCUUUUCGAAUACUCCGCCCAUGAUAAUUACACCCUUCAGAUUAACCCCCACUCCGGUAUUAACCCGGAGCAUCUCAACUACUUCAAGUUUAUUGGCCGCGUUGUCGGACUGGCCAUCUUCCACCGACGCUUUUUGGACGCCUUCUUUAUCGGUGCUCUAUACAAGAUGAUGCUUGGCAAGGCAGUAGCCUUGGCAGACAUGGAGGGUGUGGACGCAGACUUCCACCGAUCGUUACAGUGGAUGCUGGAUAACGAUAUUUCCGGAGGUAUUUUGGAGCAGACUUUCUCGACUGAAGAUGAAAGGUUCGGAGUCCUCACAACUGAGGAUCUCAUUCCUGGCGGUCGCGACAUCGAAGUCACCAACGAGAACAAGAAGGAAUAUGUUGAUCUCAUGGUCAAAUGGCGCAUCGAGAAACGUAUUGCUGAGCAGUUCCAAGCUUUUAAGGAAGGUUUCCAAGAGCUCAUUCCCCAGGAUCUCAUCAACGUCUUCGAUGAACGUGAGCUCGAGCUCCUUAUCGGAGGUAUCGCUGAGAUCGAUGUCGACGACUGGAAGAAGCACACCGAUUACCGAGGAUAUACUGAAUCCGACGAGGUCGUGCAGAACUUCUGGGCGACAGUACGAUCCUGGGAUGGCGAGCAGAAGUCACGACUGUUGCAGUUCACUACUGGAACUUCUCGAAUUCCCGUCAACGGAUUCAAAGAUCUCCAGGGCAGUGAUGGCCCUAGACGAUUUACCAUUGAAAAGGCGGGAGAAAUCACUAAUUUGCCAAAGGCACACACUUGUUUCAACCGACUCGAUUUGCCACCUUAUAAGAGCCUAGAGAUGCUUCAGCAGAAGCUUACGAUUGCCGUCGAAGAGACUAUGGGUUUCGGUCAAGAGUAGACAAUAACGACAUUACCUUCAGCAGGGACACUGAACUGGAAAGGUUUAAACUACAGUCAAUUGCACUGCCCUGUAUUCACCACACAAGAGCGACCUUCUCUGGUCUGCCCCAUUCCUCUCAUAUACAUGCAACAACUUUUGGGUAUUUGCUUUGGUCCCAAGAGUGGACGGACCUGGGUCGUAUGGCGCUGGUAGGAUUAAUUCACCUUCAACAUGCGAUGCAGUACGUAAUUCUUCUCCUGGUUCCGCGAAGAGAAAAUGGACGAGAUUCUAAGCGGGCCUGCCAAUGCAGAUGCAUCUCGCCCGACCUGUUUCGUGGGGAAGAAGCUUUCGCAAACACUGUGGAACUACUAGGCAUGCGCCGGGAUAGACGGGUCCUUGGCUGCGAUGUUGCUUGACGAACGAUGGAAAAAGAAACUGUACUUAGCCAUGUAUUACGUGCGUUGUCAGCGGAGGCAAAGCCAGCGUGUUUGAGCUGGAAGUUAAGAAGAACAGGGUCACAGCGCUUCAUUUCAACUAUUUAUUACAUAUAUAGCACUCUC